GGAGGGGGCCCCUCCCACCAAAAAGCGGGCCCCCUCGCCCGCCGGCGGCCCCAGGGCCCCCCGAAGAAAGCUGCUGCUGGAGUUCGAGCCGGCGGCUGAGGACGUGCUCCUGCGGCGCAUCAUGACCCUGAUCGAGCCUGGGGGGGACGACCACAAGCUGACGCCCGCCUUCCUGCUCUGCCUCUGCAUCCAGCACUCGGCCACCAGCUUCGAGCCGGGAGAUUUCGGGCAGCUGCUGCUCAAAGUGGCCAAAAUGAUCCAGAGGACAGUGUGGGAGCGGACACGGGAGCUGGCUGAGAAGCAGUCCCAGCACCAGGAUCCUGCCGCUCUGUCCCGCUUCACCAUCACGGAUCUUCUCCCAGACCUGCAGCACAUCCUCUUCUGGAUGGCCAACGCCAUCGAGAUCCUCUACUUCAUCCAGCAGAAAUCGCCCACCUACAUCCAGAGCAUGGAGGAGGAGCUGGAUGUCAGAGGCUCCAAGGAGUCCCUGUUCUCCUCCACCAUCACGGCCAGCGAGGAGGCGAUGACGGUGCUGGAGGAGGUGAUCAUGUACACCUUCCAGCAGUGCGUCUACUACAUCUCCAAGUGUCUGUACGUGUCGCUCCCUGCGCUGCUGGAGUGCAACCCCUUUCAAAACGAGUGCCGGGAGAGCUGGCGAGCGUCCCCGCCGCUGCCCGAGGAGCUCCGCAGGGUCGUGCUCAUCUACCAGGCGGUGCUGGACCUGCUCCGCCAGUACGAAGUGCACCCCGAGAUCACCUCCCAGAUGUUCGCCUACCUCUUCUUCUUCUCCAACACCCUGCUCUUCAACCAGCUCCUGGACAAGGGCUCCUCUCUCGGCUGCUUCCACUGGUCGCAGGGGGUGAAGCUGCGGGCCAGUAUGCGGCUGUUUUUUUCGCGCGGCGCCGCCUUCGAGCACCUCUCCCAGCAGUUCUUCGCCAAACUCACCAGCGUGGCCAACCUGCUGGCCAUGCCUGGGUCCCAGCUGGUCCAGAUGACCUGGUCGUCCCUGCGAGCUGAGUUCCCGGCGCUGAGCCCUGCGCAGCUCCACCGGGUGCUGAGCCAGUGCCAGGCGGUGAUGGAUGUGGGCUGCAUCGCAGCGUGGCAGCCUGGUGAGGAGGAGAGCCCGGCCACCUUCCAGCCCGAUGAGGCGCUGGAGUCCUUUGACAACCACCCGCCCAUCAUCCUGCCCAGUGGGGGCUUCAAAGUGGACCUGGAGGUGGAGACGUUGGACGACAACAUCUACCGGCACCUCCUCUACAUCCGCCACUUCCUCUGGAGCCUGCAGAGCAAGAGCCCCUCUGCUAGCGAGGGGCCAGGCUCAGCACCCCCGAAG